AUGUUGCCUUUGCUGCUACUGACCAUUCUCCUGAAUGCCCAGCUAUUCACAGCGGCACCAAUUAAUCAAGAACUAAGAAUUGGUGCAGACAUUUUCCGAGAUGAUGCCCCCAGCAUGGAUUCUGUGGCUUCAGUCAGUGAGGAGGUAGUAGAAGAUGAAGAAGAAAAUCAUCUACAAACAGAAGACGAUCCUGAAACCAAAGAUCAUAUUGUUGUUGGCGAUCAGACAAUUGAAGAAGCCAAAGAAGAACCAAAACCUGUUGCAGUUGUUGAAGAACAUACCAAUGAAGAAUCCACUUUAAAACAAGAACAAGUCGUUGUAAUCGAACCGGUCGAAGAGCAAACAUCUCCAGAGGAUGCUACAACUGAUAAUGAUGAUGAAGCAGACGAUGCGGUAGAAGAUGCAGUUGAUGUGUUUCCGGUCGAGGACAAUGCACCAAAAGAUUCAGCAGAACCAGAGGUGGUUGCUGUUGUGGAAGAAGCAAAAGCAGAACAAAUCCAAGGAGAUGCAAUUACAGAGGUUGAAGAGGCUGGUCCUGAAGAGGCUGAGGAACCUGCAGUUGUUGAAGAUGAUAAAGAACAAACAAUUGUUGUUGCUGUGAUGAGAGAAGACCCAGAGGAAGCAACAACAGAAGAUCAAGCCACUAGCUCCAGUAGAGGCAAUUGUUCAAGAGGAACCAAUAGUUAUGAUCAACCGAGGGGCUGUGCUGGGAGCUGCAUUCUUCACUUUGGUUUCUUUUAUGACCGUUGGAUUUAUUGGAAUAACUGUGUCCAAAAAACUGCGAUAAAAAAAACACAAAGAAUUGUUCUGCUGCAGCCUCCCCUCCAUCCGCCAUUUUCAGCCGAUCCAAAGCAGGUAGAGAGCCUUUUAAACGCCCCUGUCCCGCGGUCUAAUGAACAGGAAGCAGCAGCAGCAUCGGGGAAGAGGAGAGGAGAGGAAACAGGCUGGGGGCAGACUCUUUCUUCGAGGUUUCUUUGUGAAAACAUGGCUCUUAGUGGAGGAACUGUGGAGACUGUAGAUGAGGUCCCCCCUCACGUGUGGGCCGGUUUGCCAGACUAUCUAAGUUUGGGUCAUUCGCAUGUUAAUCAAAACCGCAUCGGAGUCUGGACCACUCAGCUCAUCCCCAAAGGCAGAAAGUUUGGUCCAUUUGUCGGAGAGAAAAAGAAAAGGUCCCAAGUGACCAGUAAUGUUUACAUGUGGGAGGUGCACUUUCCGAGUCGUGGCUGGAUGUGUGUCGAUGCCACUGACCCUCUGAAAGGAAACUGGCUGCGCUACGUGAACUGGGCGCGCUCCAGUGAAGAGCAGAAUCUGUUCCCUCUGGAAAUUAACAGAGCUAUAUACUACAAGGCUUUAAGGCCCAUAGGUCCGGGGGAAGAACUGCUGGUGUGGUACAGUCACAGUGUGCAAGACAAGCCCGAGGUAACAGCUGCACUAAAGAAGGAACAACGAGGCAACAACAAGACAAAAUCAGCCAGAGUCAAGCGAGCCAGGAGAAAGCUGCCCGAGAAAGCCAGCCCGGCUGGUUUGGGUGGAUUCGAGAAAGUGAGCACAACUGAGCUCAGUGCAAAGGAGAUGUGGGAUGGGGAUGAAGGUGGCACUGAAGAGGAUCAGAGGUCCUCUAUAGAAAUACAGGAAGCUCACGCCAUUGCAAGAAUGAACUACGGGGAAGUGGAGAGAGUCAUGUCCGACAGAGGAAAUGGACGGGAGGAUGAGGAGGAAGAACAAAUGGAGGAAGAUGGUGAUGAAUUAGAGGAACACAUCCAACAGAAAGAUGCUCAGUAUUCAUUUGUGCAGGGGCAGCCUCGCCAGUCCGUGACCAGCACUGACACCAAUAAAGAAAGCCAUUCGUUUAACAGGGACCCCCAGGGCUCGUAUCCCUGCCAUCAAUGUGAACGCCAUUUUUCUACCAAGCAAGGACUGGAGAGGCAUCUACACAUCCACGCCACCUCCAACCAGCCAGCCCAGGUGUUCAAGUGUAGUUACGCUGAACCCAUCCUCUCCCUCCUGCAACAGUGUGACUUCGCCAACCCCUCCCCCACCUGUCCUGCCCACAAUCCCAUCUCCCAUAAUGCCCGGGUCUCCUUUACUGAGGCCUUCAGAGUCGACAGAACAGAGCCCGCCCCCCGUACUCUCACCGGAAAUGUCACCUAA